UCAAAUCUAUGGUUUAUAACUUACUGUCAAAUAUAUUAAUUAAAAAACAUUUUUGAGAAUUUUAUAUUUUCUUUUUGUUCUUCGUUCGAAAGAAUAACUGAAACGACGAUUGUAUGCAGCAGACAAAGAGUAGUAAUUAUGUUGAAGCACUACUUAGGAAUAACAGACUACAUAGUUAUCGGUUUUUCGCUGUUAAUAUCUGCAGGCAUUGGUGUUGCUGUUAAAUAUUAUGGAAGCCAAAAAACAGCAAAAGAUUAUUUACUGGCCGGCGGGAAAAUGGCAAAACUUCCAGUUAUAUUAUCAAUUGCUGCAACUGUAACUUCCCCAAUAUCAGUGAUUGGGGCUCCUUCUGAAGUAUAUAGAUACGGUUUGAAAUAUAUUAUAACAUUUCUUGUUAUGCCUUUUGGUAUGUUUUUGGCUUCUUUACUCUUUAUACCUGUUUACUAUCAAUGUGGAGUAUCAACUGUGAAUGAGUUUCUUGAGAUGCGCUUUGGAAAAAUUAUCAAGUGGAUACUUUCAACAUUCUUCCUUCUGCAAAUGAUGCUUUUUAUGUCAGUUGCUCUUUACGGAGCAGUUUUAGCCUUAAGUGCAGUAUCAGAUUUAUCGUUUGGAACGUCAAUUGUAUCAUUGGGAGCCAUCUGCACUUUAUAUUGUUUCCUGGGUGGUUUGAAAGCUGUAUUAUGGACAGAUGUCUUCCAAAUCAUUCUUAUGUUGAUCUGUAUUCUGUCCUUCUUCAUUACCGGUAUUCAAGAUGCAGGUGGUGUAUCCAACAUUUAUGAAAAAGCAAAGGCAGGGCACAGACUUGAUGAUAUUUUCAAUCCUCGUCUGGAUUUCAUGGAAAGAUUCAACUUUUGGAGUUGUAUUAUACGUGGGAUAACGAUAGGAUGUACAAUAUUUGGUACAAAUCAGCUUGAUGUGCAAAGGAUACUUAGUUUGAGUAAUGUUGACAGAGCGAAGUCAACUCUGAGAAUGAGUGCGAUUCCAACUUUCUUCUUGUAUGCCUUGUGUCAAGUUUUUGGUAUUGUUUUGUAUGGAAUUUAUCAUGACUGUGAUCCAAUAUUAGAUAAAGAGCAUUCAGGGUUGACAAAGCAUGAUCAAAUGGUCCCGGCAUUCAUUAUAAAGAGAUUCAGCAAUAUCCCUGGGAUGACUGGUCUUUGCAUAGCUGGCAUCUUUUGUGCUUCCUUAAGUACAAUAUCUUCAGCGUUGAACUGUGCUUCAACUGUAACAGUUGUGGAUUUCAUAAAACCUCUUCUUAAAUCGAAGCAGAUUACUGAGGAGAAAAUUGUUUGGUUGGCUAAAAUUUCGUCUCUCAUCUAUGGUGGAAUUUGCAUUGGUCUCAGCUUUUGUUUUCUGGGGGUAAAAAGUAUCAAACGGUUGGCACUCGUUGUUAUUUACGCAGCAGAUGGUCCAAUUUUGGCACUAUUUUUAGUUGCAGUUCUAUCAAGAAAGGCCAGUGACAAGUGUGUUUCAUUUGCUUUCCUUUUUGGAGUUAUACUAAUUUCUUGGAUAUCAUAUGGUUCUUUAUUUUCUGAUUACUCCCAACCAUUGCUGCCUAUGAGUGUGAGCGGAUGUCCAUCAUUUGAAAGCACUGCCAUUUCAAACGCAUCAUUAAUUACUCCAUCAUUUGCAAAAGAUAAUUCAACAGAGAAUAUCUUUAUUCUGUAUAGAAUUUCACAUGUUUGGUACAGUGGAAUUGGAUUUGUCUUAACUUCAGUUUGCAUAUUUGUUACUGUGCUAUUAACAGGUAUUCUAGAUGCAAAGGCAACUAAACUAACAACACCAAUGACGCAUGCAGCUACAGUGAAAGAAGAUUCAAGAACUCUACUCGCACUUGAUAUUGCUCUGAAACUCGUCAACAGAAAUCCUAUUCCAGCAUAUAUAAUAACAAAAUAUGACAAUAUGACGAAGAACACCAAUUUCCUGGUCGCAACUUCAAGUAACUCGCAGCAAUCAAUGACGCAACGAUAUCUUCGAACUUCCUCAUAGAAAUUUUCAGAGAACAAGGAUUUCUUUAUUAUUUGACCUUGAACUUGCAAAGCCUUUGACAAUCUGUUAGAAAAUGUAGAAAUAAUGACGACAGAUAAAGAAGGAAUCACAAAUUUUGAAAAAUAGUAGAUGCUCAUUGAAGUAAAAACAGAAAUUCUACUUAUAAAAUAAUUUUUGGGUGGUUUAAAACCACACAGCCAAAAUGAUACCCUUUUUUCAUGAUAAUCGUCUGUAAUGUUCAUAAAUGCAGAAAGAAAUAGCGGAUACAAUAAUACUAACAUUACAGCGACGUCUUCUUUAAUUUCCUUUCUGAUGCUUACCAUGUACUGAACUUGUCGAUAGGCCCGUAGAAACCUCAAGAAUCGAUUUGAAUUUAAACGCAUGUAGUGCCAAAUAAACAGAGCAAAUAUAUAUCCUAACACAACUCCACUUAUAUGCUUAAAUGACUGAGCACCGAGGACUCUAACCAUUAAAUAUAUCGGAUAAAAAAUAAGCAAAUGAGUUCCAAUACUUAGAGGAUAAAAAUAAUGUUUCAAUAUAAUCCAUUUACUUAAUUUAUUCUGCUUUUUAAAAUGCAAAACACCAAUUAUCUUCAGAGCGAAUGAUGUCCAAA